CUACAUAAAGACUAAUUUCAUCCGAAUUCACCUUUUUUGUGCCUUUUGUGAUCUGCAUAUUCUUUACUCCUCUGAAUAAUUCGCGAGAAAAAUUCACUCUUAUUGUACGUUCAGCAUUUGUAUAAUUUGUUUGUCACACGUCUUCAUAUGAAAAGGCGCCUUCUUCAUCUUCAUAUAAGGAAAAAAUUCAAGGAGCAGAAUGACAACUAGUAUCCAAAGCUAUUCGCGAAAAGAAAUUGUAACUGAUAUUUUAUUGAUCAGGUUACCUGUGAGAUCACUGUUGCGAUUCAAAUGUGUAUGCAAAAGUUGGCACGAUCUUAUUAAAAGCCCAGAUUUUAUCAAGAAGCAUUUCAGUAGCAAGAGUAGUCGUCCUCGUCUCUGUAUUUGUAAAUUCGGGGUUAACUAUACACCACAGCCCCCUUUAAGAGCUAUUAACUUAUUCUUGUUCCCUGAGAAAAUAAUCGCAGGCAUUGUCCCUUCCCGUCAGAGUAUUUUCCGUUGGGAACAUGUUAGCGAUUUCAGAGCUAUUUAUGGUCCAGUUAAUGGAUUGUUCCUAUUACAGAAGGGAUUUUUUCUAUGUAAUGUUCGGUUUGCUUGGUGGAAUCCUGCUACCAAAGAAUGUAGGAUUAUUCCUAUGGUUUCAUUUGAACUCCAGAGAUUCUUCGAUGAGCGCGACAAUGUUGUUGGGAUAGGGUACGACGCGGUGAGCCAAGACUACAAAGUUUUAUCGCUUCGAACAUACAUGAACGACGAGAAAAGGAAGGUUCAUCCUAAAGUGUUUGCAGCUAUUUAUUCGUUGAAAAAUGACUCCUGGAAGCACAUUGAACCUAAUUUCCCUUACAACAGCAGCUUGUGUGAGUCCCUUGGUUGCACUCAUCUAAAUGGGGUCUAUUAUUGGUUGUGCGUCACUAAAGACAAUGUGUAUAUUAUCUCAACAUUUGACUUCACAACUGAAAUGUUUGGGGAGAUGGAAGGGCCGCCAAUUCCAUAUGAUCAUUGGGGUGCGCUAAUGUUGCGCGGGGGAUCUCUUGCUGCCAUGUCUUGUAGCGAAAUGGCUCAACCUAUGACGUCCUGUUACGAUAUAUGGGCAACGAUCGGAGAGAAUAAUUGGAUUAAAGUUGUUACUGUGAAUCCGCCGAUAACGUCGCAUUGGCCUCUUGGCAUAUGGGAGUAUGAUAAGUAUAUUUAUGAAAUGACGCAAACUUACAAUUUGGUGUAUUAUGACCACACAACUAAACAAGUUACAGAUUUUGGUUUAAAUUUCUCCAAUAUAGGCUCUGGCAGCGUUUGGCCUAUUAGUUAUGAGGAAAGCUUAGUUCCAAUAAACAGAGAAAUUCCAACUGAGCAGGAUAAUAUUGAAUACUUCUUCGCCAAAUUUUAAACGUUAUUGGCCUCUGUUUCAUCUCUUAAUCUGUUUAUUCAUGUUAGUUUUAGAUAAAGUUUGUCGCCUUGUUAGUUAAUUACUCCCUUUGUUUAAAUUUAUUUGUCUGGUUUUGACUCGGACGGAAUUUAAGAAAAUAAAGAAUACUUUUAAAUCUUAUGGUCUUCAACUGAAAGAUAUAUAGAAUGUACACAAAAUGCCCUUUAAUCUUGUAAUUUUAAACAUUCAUGUGGAAAGUUGAAAUUAAAGAGUUAUCAAAAAAGAA